AUGAAUUAUGCUUAUGAGGCCACCACAAUCAUGUCUGGGCAGAACGGAGCUCAGUUACAUGCUGCAGAAGAACGGGAGGAAGCGCCUCUUAUAUUUCAAAAUGGGUUUCACAACAAAGUAGGUGGACCAUCUGAAGUCCAUCAUAAUAUAUUCCACGCAGAUAUUAGGAGGUCGCCAGAAAUCUAUCAGAAUGACUAUAUGUCUGUAUUAGAGAUUGGUAGUUCUUUUGGAAUCAGAGGUAGAACACACUCGCCAGAGAUAGAGUAUAGCGAAGAGGAUGAGGAGGAUCUUGAGGAAGAUCCAGAGGAGGAUCCUGAGGAAGAUCUUGAGGAGGAUCCAGAGGAGGACCCUGAAGAGGCUCUGGAGGAAGAAUUAGAAGAAGAUCCUCAAGAGGAGGACUUUGAAGAAGAGGAGCUGUUAGAUCAGUAA